UGUGGGAAGCAGUCUCUGACGCUGUCUCCCAGCUGUUUAUUUCUUGACAUUUAACGCCACUUUUCUCUCUAUAUCAAAGCUAAAAUGCAUCACAAAGUCGACAUUAAAUAAGUUAUUAUUUUAAAAGAAACAUUUCCCGCCCCUAGUCGUUAGGACGGACUGAAACAUGGAGGCCGGUGAAGGUGUCAGCAGUGCCACGCCCACGGAGGAGAUGAAUGGAGCUGGAAACUUGAUGGAUUUCCUGGACGAGCCUUUUCCUGACGUGGGCACGUAUGAAGACUUCCACACCAUUGACUGGCUGAGGGAGAAAUCCAGAGACACAGACCGCCACCGCAAGAUCACCAGUAAGAGUAAAGAGUCCAUUUGGGAGCUGAUCAAGAGCCUGCUGGACGCCUGGUCGGGAUGGGUGGUGAUGCUGCUCAUCGGACUCCUCUCAGGUACGCUGGCCGGAGUGAUCGACCUGGCGGUGGACUGGAUGACAGACCUGAAGGAAGGUGUGUGUCUGUCGGCCUUCUGGUACAGCCACGAGCAGUGCUGCUGGACGUCCAACGAGACGACUUUCGACGACCGAGACAAGUGUCCGCAGUGGCAGAAGUGGGCCGAGCUGAUGACCGGCCACGCUGAGGGAGCAGGAGCGUACGUGUUGAACUACUUCCUGUAUGUUCUGUGGGCUCUGCUGUUUUCCUUCCUGGCGGUGUCACUGGUGCGAGUGUUUGCUCCGUAUGCCUGCGGUUCAGGAAUCCCAGAGAUCAAGACAAUCCUCAGCGGCUUCAUCAUCCGGGGCUACCUGGGGAAGUGGACCCUGCUGAUCAAGACGGUCACUCUGGUCCUGGCGGUGUCGUCGGGUCUCAGCCUGGGCAAGGAGGGCCCUCUGGUCCACGUGGCCUGUUGCUGCGGAAACCUGUUCUGCAGCCUCUUCUCCAAGUACAGCAAGAACGAGGGCAAGCGGCGAGAGGUGCUAUCAGCUGCAGCAGCAGCUGGAGUGUCGGUGGCCUUUGGAGCGCCCAUCGGAGGAGUUCUGUUCAGCCUGGAAGAGGUCAGUUACUACUUCCCUCUGAAGACUCUGUGGCGUUCGUUCUUCGCCGCCCUGGUCGCUGCCUUCACACUGCGCUCCAUCAAUCCGUUUGGCAACAGCCGCCUGGUGCUCUUCUACGUGGAGUACCACACGCCGUGGUACAUGGCCGAGCUGGUCCCAUUCAUCCUGCUGGGCGUGUUCGGCGGCCUCUGGGGGACCCUCUUUAUCCGGGCCAACAUCGCCUGGUGCCGGCGGAGGAAGACCACCCAGCUGGGGAAGUACCCGGUCCUGGAGGUCAUCGCUGUGACAGGUAUCACUGCCGUGCUGGCGUUCCCCAACCCGUACACCCGGCGCAGCACCAGCGAGCUCAUCUCUGAGCUCUUCAACGACUGCGGCGCGCUGGAGUCGUCGCAGCUCUGUGAUUAUAUUAAUAACCCCAACAUGAGUCGCCCGGUGGACGACAUCCCAGAUCGACCGGCGGGGCCCGGGGUCUACAACGCCCUGUGGCAGCUCGCCCUCGCUCUCAUCUUCAAGAUCGUCAUCACCAUCUUCACCUUUGGCAUGAAGAUCCCGUCAGGCCUCUUCAUUCCCAGCAUGGCGGUUGGAGCUAUCGCAGGACGGAUCGUCGGGAUCGCCGUGGAGCAGAUGGCGUACCACCACCACGACUGGAUCAUCUUCAAGAACUGGUGCCGGCCCGGCGCAGACUGUGUCACACCUGGACUCUACGCCAUGGUGGGAGCCGCCGCCUGUCUGGGCGGGGUGACCAGGAUGACCGUCUCCCUGGUGGUCAUCAUGUUCGAGCUCACCGGCGGUUUGGAGUACAUCGUCCCCCUGAUGGCCGCCGCCGUCACCAGCAAGUGGGUGGCGGACGCCUUCGGGAAAGAGGGAAUCUACGAGUCGCACAUCCAGCUCAACGGCUACCCCUACCUGGACGUCAGGGACGAGUUCACCCACCGCACCCUGGCCACCGACGUGAUGCGGCCCCGCAGGAACGACCCCCCUCUGGCCGUCCUCACCCAGGACACAACCACGGUGGAGGACAUCGAGACGCUGAUCAAAGACACCGAUUAUAACGGCUUCCCGGUGGUCGUGUCCAGAGAGUCGGAGCGGCUCAUCGGCUUUGUUCAGCGCCGGGACCUCACCCUCGCCAUCAAAAACGCCCGUCAGAAGCAGGACGGCGUGGUGAGCAGCUCGGUGGUCUACUUCACCGAGGACGCGCCGCAGCUGCCGGCCAGCAACCCGCAGCCGCUGAAGCUGCGGCGCAUCCUGAACCUCAGCCCCUUCACCGUCACCGACCACACGCCCAUGGAGACGGUGGUGGACAUCUUCCGCAAGCUGGGCCUCCGCCAGUGUCUCGUCACCAGGAGCGGGCGUCUCCUGGGCAUCAUCACCAAGAAGGAUGUUCUGCGACACAUGGCUCAAAUGAUGAACCAGGAUCCAGAGUCCAUCAUGUUCAAUUAGCAAGAGAGGAAAGCUUUACUCCACCGACGGUGUAAAUAGGUGAAACUGGUGCGACGCUACUGUACUGCAACCUGUGAAAAGUCCCUCCCACCUCCUGACAGGCAAGUCCCAACCCUGUAGUGACCACAGCAGCACUGCUCCACGUGUUUUCAAUGUAACUGUGCUGGAAUAUUUAGCCAGUGGCAGAAUGCUUCUACUUCAGUGUAAAGAUUCAUAGUUUUAACAUUUCAAACCCUCAGAUAAUCGGUUGUUUGCAGACUGAAAAAAAGAGAUAGGAAAACGUAGAGAGCUUCUUUUUCUUUGCUAUCAUCAUCUGAAAACACGUGCUGUCACAUGUUGCUAACAAUGCUGAGAGUUUAGCAGGUUUAAUGUUCAGAGUGCCAAACUCAGGUUCUCCAGUAGCAGCAGCAGCUUUAAUCAUGAUCGACACUCCCACAGUCAUUUGUUUAGUGCUGCUAGUUCAAAUAAAACAUUUAGAAAGUCACGCUGAAGGGACACACUGAGGCUGAAAGCAGUGUUUGCAACUUAGACACGCAGUUGUGGUCAAGUGUAAGGAUGUGUGUUAGUGGAGCUUCAGAGGCGAAUCACAGGGUUACUGCACAGACCUGGAAAGUCUGGCAAAUUGUAGAAAAUGUAUUUGAUACUGAUGAUAUCUAGUGAUCUUACAAUGAUGAAAAUAACGUCAGGAGAAGUCUGUAAAGACUGCUACGACCCGAGGCUCUUUUGCAACGUAUUUUUAUGAGCUUAGCCACGACUCUCAGUUCACACAUGGUGAUCUGUGUUGUUAUAAAUUGUUACAGAGAGGCAUGGAAUAUCAUCUCGUUCAAAAAAAGGUGUGGUUGAAAAUACUGUUUAAAGGUCCAGUGUGGAGGAUUUAGUGGCUUCUAGCGGUGAAAUUGCAGUUUGCAACCAUUUGAACACCGCUCGCCUCGCCCUCCCCUUCCAAGCGUGUAGGAGAAACUACGGUGGCUGCGAAACUUGGGAAAAAUGUGAACAGCCCUCUCUAGAGCCAGUGUUUGGUUUGUCCAUUCUGGGCUACUGUAGAAACAUGGCGGUGCAAUAUGGCGGCCUCCGUGGAAGGGGACCCGCUCCCUCUGUAGAUAUAAACGGCUUAUUCUAAGGUAACGAAAACACAACGGUUCUUAUUUUCAGGUGAUUAUACACUAAUGAAAACGUACUAAAUAAUCAUCAUAUUCUGCAAAUAGAGCCCCCUAAAUAUCACACACUGGACCGUUUAACUUACAGAUUCUCACAUUCCUGAAACUGGAAAAAGUUUGGUAUGUUUGCUUGAUAAAAUUGCUACAGAUACAUUUUCAUACAUCUUCACUAUUUAAUUAAUUCAUUAAUUAAUUGUUUCAGCUCUAUUGUAGCCAGUUGCAUCGGUUGUAGCAGCUCCAAAAAACUGAUUGCUCAGAAGUUAAAUGUCCUGUUCUCUCUCUCUCUUAUAGUGCCCCCCCCCCAACACACACACACACAAAAACAAACACACAAAAACAAACACACAUUAUUUGUCUUAUUAUUAUUUUGUUAUUUGCCUCACAGCUUGUGAAAGUAAGAAACCGAAGGCACAGCCCUGUGAAACAGAGUUCACAGGUACAAACUCAAAUGUACAAGUUCACAAAACUAAGAUUAAAGGUACCAAAGUCUAUUUCAAGCACACUUUUUUGAAUGAUAUAAUAUUCUGUAAUAGUGCUGCCAAUAUACAGUAUGCUGGAAGAUGGUUGAUGUUGGCCUUAGAAAAGUUCAAUUGUUUGUUAAAAAAUCCCACAAAAUGUGUAAAUGUGCUGUUGAGGUGAAAAUCUGUGGAAAGUACAGAAUUUUGUAGGAAUCCUUAAAUCUUGGUGGUUCGCUGGUUUUCGUGGUGAAAUGGUACUCGGGCAUCAUGGAUGCUUUAAAGAAAUGGGACCAGUAGUUUGAAGUCUGAAGUUCAGCCCCACUGAACCCUGAUAUUAUGAUUAUUAUUAUUAUAAACUGUCUGUAACACUGAUUUUAUUUAAAGUUGGAGAGUUUGGGACUGCUGUACUUUGAGUUUGGGUUAACAGUUUCUGUUUUUUGUUGCUGCCAUAUUUAUAUUAAUUCUGCCUGUGUUAAUGUUCGUUUUUAUGCAUCAGUGGCACCAUUCAACUUGUUUCUGUUACUUUGACCUGAAGCUCAUACAAACUGUCUGAAACACUAAAUGUUGCUUUUACUGUAGCAGUUAAGUAUCAGAACACAUUCUUGUCAAUGUUGGAUUUUUGUUAUCUUGUGUUAAUUUAAUUAUGUCAGAAGGUUUUAAAGAGCCUCAAAAUGUGUUCAAUAACAGUAAACUUGCAGGUUCAUUGCACGUCAAACUGUGCGAGAUUCGUCUAUAUAAUUUCUAAUACAUCCAUCUGUUGUGCUGGAUCAUUAUCGCCGCCGCUACUUACCUCAUUAAGCGGAUCGGGUUUCGGCCAGAUGUGACCAGUCCACAGUAAGUACAGUUUCUUGUCAGUAUCGUCAUAUAAAUUCAGUGGUUCCUGGGCAGUUUUUAGCGCCACAGCAUCUCUGACCUCAUGUUUCAUAAUUAUACUAAUGAGUUCCACGCGGUGAGGUUUACAGAUUUUAAACCUGGAGAAAAACUCUUUACUGGCAGGACCCUGAGGUGAUAGAAUUGGCAUCACGUGAGAAAAAGUCGCAUUGGUGCAUCUCUAUUUUUAGUCUACAUACUGAUUGUUUUCUUAUAAUCAAAUUUUCAACUUUCAAGGUGAAGUACCACAUGUUAGGAAAAGGCAGAGUGGCUAAAUCAACAUUUCUUUUCGCUCCAGUGAGCUAUCUUGUAGUUUUAGUUGGUCGAAAUGGAAGGAAAUAGUGUCAACGAAAGGAGCGAAUAUGGUCCUAAAUUUGUGACCUUGUCAGAAUUUUGUCUUGGUCUGGCAAUCACCAGGAGGCACGUCCGUCAUCUUUUUGCAGGUGCUGUGUGCGCGGGUCGUUUUUGUUUUGGCUGUCUUUGGUCUCCAAAUUGUCGUUGGACGUGUCUCACAGACUGUCGCUUUGGAUCGCCUCGAAAGAUUUCGCCAGGUUUCUCUCACGAUUGUCAACUUUUAGAAGUGGGCUUUUCAAAAGGUAACGCAGACGAGAAUAGUUUCAAAACCAGGAAUAAAGUUGACAUAUUCGUUUAACAUUUUUCAGCUAAGUAACCAAUGGUACUAUAAGAUGUCAAACAUAACACAGCACUGCUGUACCUCUAGGCCUGUCACGAUAACUACUUUUGUUGGACGAUAUAUUGUCCCAGCAAUAACUGCGAUAAACGAUAUUAUUGUCAUUUUAAGGGAUACCAUCGCAUUGAUUUGCAUAAAGCAUAGUGGUUGUGUCUGUUGCAGAAAGAGACACAUACAAAAAACUUUAGCCAAAACAUUGUAUAUUUGAAGUAAAAAAAAGUUUUUAUGAAAUCUACAAAGGGAGGGAGAAGAUCAAACGAACUAUUUAAAUAUUUACAAGCUAUAGGAAGCCUCUAAUCCAGAGAUCCGGAGAGAGAGAGCGAGAGAGAAGCUCAAACCUCCACCUACUGACUGUCGGCACACGCCGCAAGACGAAAGACGAGACCCGGCGCUGUUGGCAGAAGAGCCGAGCACUGCGACUGUUCUGAGCAGCGUGCAUGGGGAUGAAUUACAAUAUGAUAUGUGAAUAUAUUUCUCGGCUUUUCCCUGAUGGUCUGAAUAGGUCGCUAAAUUUGUCGCUAGUCACUUUUUAGAAAUAAAGUCAAAAAGACGCUAAAUGUAGCGAGAAAGUCGCCAAGUUGGUAACACUGUGUGUGGAGUAGGAGUAGCCUGAGCCACGCCCACGGCGAAACUCCACGCAAAGAGAAGACGACCAGAGAUGACAGCAACGACGAGAGAUCUCAGAAACCGCUUAGGCGCUGCGCCCGAAGUCUUGUAACGGUAGGGGAAACCCUGCUGUUGAUUCUGGCAUCAUGUUGGCUAAAAUGUUGGUGAUAUUCUUACGUAAACAGACACGCAUGUAAACACAAUAUCGAGGUCAGCAAAAAUGAUCGAGGUCAUGUCCAUAUAUCGUACAGGAAGUAGAUAACGUAAUUAUCGCGACAGGCCUUUGUACCUCUGCUGUUAGUGACAUUGGAAGCUACCUGGAGACACCUGUGGUCAGGCAGCUGCAGAAGGAUCAUAGCAUGAAGCAAAAUAACUGAGGAGGACAGAAGUGUCGUAAAUGUUGCUAAUAUUUCCACGCAGGUCUGGAAAAUGAUCCAGGAAAACAAACGUUAUCAUUUCCUGGACUUAAAAAUAUAAAGCUGCUCUAAAAGAUUCUGGGGAAAAAAAGUUGUUUUUGAUUCCCGCUCCUCGACUGCACAUUCAGUGUUUUUCAUUUCCUGUGUGGUGAAGAAUAACCUCGACCGGUCAGAGCUCCCAGCUGCUAACAGAUCAUAAAAACUGGAAAAACACACUCCGUGUUGUUGAAGCAACUUUUUGUUUUUAAAUGCCAAGAGAAUGUAUUGAAAAAAUAACUGUGUUGUGUAUAUAUAGAAGAUUUAUUGUGUUUAAUUUAAUUUAAUUUUGUCUGAAACACACUAAUGUUGAGCCCUGGGGUUUUUUUUUUCCAACUCUCUAAAUAUUUAUCAGAUGCAUUACUCGUACAGAAAACACUUUUUUUUUUUUGGAAUUUGUAAAUGAAGUGAUUGAAAAAUAAACCUUUCAGUUUACCUUCACAUGAUGAAUAAACGCGGUUCGGUUUGCUUCUUUUUUAAUGUGUACAGAGUUGACAUUGUAGUUCUCACAUUGAUGCUUUUUAUUUAGUUUCCUAAAUUUAAAAGUAAAAGUAAGGGGUCUCUAAUAUGUUAGUGUUUGGGUGUUUUGUAUAUAUUAAUAUAUAUCUUUAAAAAAAACACACUUUGAAAUAGUGAAACAGUCAGAGAUGGCAAGAAAUGAAAAAUAAGCAUUUUCAUUUUUAAAAGCUGUAAAUGGGCUGAUUGUGAAAUAAAUGGAUGUGUUCAUAAAAUCAA